UGUUUUUUAAAAUUUACCAAUCACCUUCAAUAUCCAUAGAUGCCUCUUAUUGACUUCUUCAUUGACUUGCCUGCAUUUGGAAGUUGUCUCUACUCCUUAGCUACCUCAAUUAUAAGAAAGGGCUAGGUUUUCACCAUUUAUAAUUUCUUUUUCUGUCAAGCACGCCGGUCUGCCAUCCACUUCUUCAAUCUUGAUAUCCUCUUAUGUUCUUUGUUGAGGGCUCACAUGUGCGUUUACAUAUAUUCUACGUAAGUAUAGCAUACACUAAACAUAUCUUGCGCUCAAAAGAAGGGGUCAUCAGCCAAAUUAUUCUUGCUAAAGUUCAUCUGUGUUUAACAGCUAGUGGCAUGAGUUUUUGAACAUCAUCUGACGAAGUUUGUAAGUAUGGUUAAUUACAUAGUUUUGGUCCUAUUACUAGAGCACCUUUUUAAUUUAUUUCUAAACUUCAUAUGGUACAUCAAAAACUAUACUUGGUGAAGCUUCAGUUUGGAACAAUACCUGGUGAAGCUUCAGUUUGAAGCGACGAGUGGUGCUUUUUUGUCUGUCUGUGUGGAACACAUGGUAUGAAGGCAUCCUACUGCAAAGGACAACAUUUGUAUACCAUGAACUCAACAAAUCUCGCACUCAAAAGAAGAGGUCACCAACCCCAUCAUUCUUGCUAGAGUUUUUCUGUGUUUGACAGCGCUAGUGGCGCGCUGAGUUCCUGAGCAUCAUAUAUUUGAGGAAGUUUGGCGAAGCUCCGGAUUUGAGAAGGCAAUUGGUGCUUUUUUGUCAAUCUGUGUGAGAGACAUAGUAUGAAGGCUAAUAUGGAAAUAGUUACUUCUCCAAGCACAAAUAUUGUUCCCGAAGUUCUUAACGAAGAUAAUUACGAAAGAUGGAGCAUUUUAAUGCAACAAUAUUUAGAGCUUCAAGAUCUUUGGAAGGUUGUUCAAUUACACAGGAUGCCUCCAGGAGGAAAUAAGGAGGAGUGGAGUAAAAAGAAGGCUUUAGCUCUAUAUGCCAUUAGGAUUUCUUGUGGAACAGAAGUAUUUGAUCAAAUAAAGGAGAUACCUGACGCCAAAAGAGCUUGGGAUGAGUUGGCGGAUAAGCUGAAGCCCCGGCCAACCGCUGAAGUUGGCACUCAUGAUAAUUUUAACUCCGGCCAAGAAAGCGAAGCAGAGCGUCAAAAGAAUUUGCGGAAGUUAGUUUGCUAUGAGCCCAUUUCCGACGUAAAGCAGUUCUUAUGUGACUAUGCGGAUGCAAAUUCGUUACACUUUGCUCUUAAGCUUGCAAUUACUUGUGGCCGCAAGAACAUGGCACACUACCUUUAUAAGGAGAUUCCACUUGAGUUUCUACAGGGAGACUCUGGCUUCUUCCUCCUAGAGCACUGUAUAACCAGGAGAAUGUUUGAUAUUGCAUUGGAUCUGCUCCAGCUGUCCCCAGAUUUAGCAUUUAGACAUCCUUGGAAUUCCACUCCUAUCAUUUUAACACUUGCUGAAACUGCACCCCCGUUCUUAAGUCUAAGUGAACUUGGAUCUUGGGGACGUUGGAUAUAUAAAUCUACACGAGUGAAGGCGUUCCCCAUCAAACCAAGAAGUACUCCAGCUGGUGCAGUUGGCAUCGUUCAAGAUAAGCUAAGGAAAUGGAUAUUAACGGUACUAUACAAAUUUCAUCUGGUAAGCGUGACGAUUGGACUGCUAUGUUGGAUUCCUUGUUGGUUUCCUUUCAGAAUGGAGGGAUUAGGCAUGCUGGUUGAAGUGUUGUUGUUGUUCAGUGGUAAGGAAUGACUUCCACUCAAUUAGCCUUUAUUUUUUCCCUUUUGUUUUUAUUGCCACCAGACAAACCGGGUCUAUCACUCAUCCUGUUUCCGGUGUUUAUACUGUUACUUGCCACACUACGCAAACUGGAUAAGGAUCCAUCACGCAAACUGGAUAAGGAACUAUCACGCAAACCGGUACCACCCCGCAUAUUACGCAUAGCGGCCAAACUAUUAAGCAUACCGAUUGGAGUGCCUUUAUUGUUACUUGGUAAGCAAUAACUUUCACUAAUUAGA